AAUAAGCGUCAAAGAUGGCGGCCCCCUUGAUCGAAACAUGCUAUGUCGCAUGUUGUGCAAACCGUACCCCAAACGUUCUUUCUUGGGGUCGGUCAGGACUUAUUGCCUUCGGAACUUGCAACUCAGUCGCUGUGUAUGACCCUCAGGAAAUUGUCAUCGUCACUGUUCUGAAUGGCCACAAAGGGAGGGUAAACGCUGUGCAGUGGGUGCACAGAAAUGACAGUGGUCCUGAAACUGAGUUGGUAUCUGGGGGUUCUGAUAAUCGCCUCAUUGUGUGGAAAGCCCAGGAUGGAAGGUUUUCCCAGUCUGCACAGUGUUGUGGACAUAGUGGUCCUGUCAGUGCAGUGGACUCCAUUCAUCUGGACCCUGAAGGCACUACAGGGUUACUCAUUGCCUCAGCUGCCUCAGACUCCACUGUCAAAGUUUGGGUGAACAGAGACAAUGACGUUGACUGCAUUCAGACCAUAUCUUUCGGGAGUGGUUUUAUGAUGGAUGUCUCUUUAACGCUAUUGCCAGGCAGCAGAGUUCCCAUUCUGGCCUGCGGGGGCGAUGAUGCCAGGGUUUAUCUCUAUGUGCAGCAGGAUGGAAAGUUUGUGAAAGUCCAUUCGCUACACGGCCACGAAGACUGGGUCAGAGGAGUGGAGUGGGUCACUUGGGACGGGGACAUUUUAUUGGCAAGCUGUGCGCAGGACUGCCUGAUCAGAAUAUGGAAGGUCUUCGCAAAGGAAGAACAUGUCGGCGACGUUCAAGACGUGGACGCCAUUAAAUUGACGGAGGAUGUUUUUGAGGUGAAAAAAAAUGGUUCCUCUAUACGCUUUGCUGUAACCUUGGAGACCGUGCUGGCAGGUCAUGAGAACUGGGUCUAUGGAGUCCACUGGCAGCCUCCGUCAGGUGGCAGCGUGGCCCUGCUGUCUGCGUCCAUGGACAAGACCAUGAUCCUCUGGGGCCCCGAGGAGGCGUCGGGGGUGUGGCUGGAGCAGGUGCGGGUCGGUGAAGUGGGAGGGAACACUCUGGGCUUCUACGGUUGCCAGAUGAGCCCUGACGGAUCGAUGAUCAUGGCUCACGCCUUCCACGGGGCCCUGCACCUCUGGCACCGCGACCCCGACAAUGAGAGGGAGUGGAGCCCUGGUGUGGUGAUAUCUGGACACUUCAGCAGCGUGCAGGACCUGAGCUGGGAUCCAGACGGAGAGUUCGUCCUCAGUGUGGGCUCGGACCAGACCACCAGACUGUUCACUCCCUGGAGAAGGAAAGAGCGGGCUAAGGUGACCUGGCACGAGGUGUCGAGGCCGCAGAUCCACGGCUACGACAUGCAGUGUCUGGCCACUGUCGGCCGCUUCCAGUUUGUCUCCGGGGCCGACGAGAAGGUCCUGAGGGUGUUCCGGGCCCCCCGGAACUUCGUGGAGAACUUCAGCCACAUCACCGGGGCGUCCCUGGACAAGCUGCUCGCUUCCAGCGAUGCUGCAAACUUGCCUGAAGGAGCCAGUACUCCGGCUCUGGGGCUCUCCAACAAGGCAGUGUUUCAAGGUGACCUAGUGCCCCAGAACCAGGAAGAGGAGGAAGGAUUCAACAGUGUAUCAGACCAGUACUCCGAGUCCUACUUCCAUCCCCUCACCCUCACAGAACCUCCUCCGGAGGACCAUCUCCUUCAGAACACGCUGUGGCCAGAAGUGCAAAAACUGUACGGACACGGGUUCGAGAUGUUCUGCCUGGCCUCAGACGGGCGGAGGACGGUCGUGGCCUCAGCGUGUAAGGCCUCGAAGGCGGAGCACGCGGCCAUCCUCCUGUGGAGCGCGUGCAGUUGGAGGCAGCUGCAGGCCCUGCCCCUCCACAGCCUGACCGUCACGCAGCUGUCCUUCUCCCCCGACUCCCGCUUCCUGCUGGCCGUGUCGCGCGACAGGACCUGGUCGCUGUGGAGACGGCGGGACGCCGCGCCCGUCGAGCAGUCCGAAGAGCCGGCGUUUUCCCUCCAUGCACACACCACCAAGAGCACGUCGGUGCACACCCGCAUCAUCUGGUCAUGUGACUGGAGUGGAGAUAGCAGGUUCUUCGUCACCUCCAGCCGGGAUAAGAAGGUGAUUGUGUGGGGCGAAUGCGGCUCGACGGAAGGUGUCGAGGAGAACAGCCCGGUGGCCGUCGCCCCCUGCUCCUCCGUACUGGAUGUGGGCGACUCCGCCACCUCCAUCAGCGUUUGCCCGGUCCUCUGCCCAGACCACAGUUACCUGGUGGCAGUGGGGCUAGAGAACGGGAAGAUCCUGUUCUAUAAAUGGAGGCACCUGAAAGAUCUGUCCUCAGGAGACGACUGGACCAAGUGUGCAGAAACAGACGACUCCCAAAGCCACGCCCUGACGGUCAGGCGGCUGCGUUGGAGGCCGAGAGCUGGCCGGGCGGGGCAGGAGAGCGGGGGCGAGCCGUGCGGCUGGGUCCAGCUGGCCAGCGCCGGGGCUGACCACGCCAUCAAAGUGUUCGCCGUCAACCGCCUGGCUCUGUAGCGCCCCCCCCUGGCUCUGUAGCGCCCCCCCUGGACCGGCAGCAGGACAGACUGCCCGGCGCAGCUGCAGGACUGCAGGGCCUCGCCGCACAAAAUGGAGGACAGAAGGAAGCAUUUGAGAAGUGAAGGCAGUUACAUAUUUCUGUUAGGAGUGACGGAAAACACACCCUUAAUUUAAGACCUGGGUGAGAAGUCAUCCUAAAGUUGUUAUUUUGCCUUUCGAAGACAAAGUAGGCUGGAUAGAAGCCUUCCAGGAGCAGGCCUUCCCAGUCCUUUAUAAAAAGGCCCUGUCUGUUGCAUAUUGCUCAAUGUUUUUGUUUUUUUAUAUAGAAUAUAAUAGUGUUGUAUUUAUCUGUCUCAUAAAGAAGCCUGUUUUUAUUUGACUGCAGUGGACCAGAGUUUACAAGUCUUCUCUUAAGCCUGGUAUCAUUCAUUUCACUUUAUUUCAACUCCAGAGAGGACUGGAGAGCAACUGCUGGCCUAAAGGAGUAACUGUGGAGGGAGGGUUUCAUUCAGAAGGGUUUUCUCCUCCCCCCGCUGCACUGUGCUUGAACGAAGCCUUGCUCCAGGCAACAGGGUGGAUACACGCACUGCAGCCUGCUUGCAGCUCUGUCUGAAACCACAAAUUUAAUGGAAAGUUCUGGAAUGCGCUUUGGUGGAGACAGAUGUCAUCUGUUCUCUUCUAAGUUCCAAGGACAUUUCAAGGAAGGGACUGGCACGCAGGUCUAAUGAGUUAUGACGUUAAAACAUGCUGUGUGAAAAUCGUUCUAAUAAAAGCCACCUUUGAGCAGCUUA